GAAGCGGCGGCAGGAGAAGCGGCAGCUGGGAGCGAGCGCUGGGGAAAUGGCCGGCGAGAUGACGGUGCUGGGUUCAGCUGUCUUGGCCCUUUUGUUGGCUGGCUACCUGGCACAACAGUAUCUACCUAUGCCUACACCAAAAGUGAUUGGGAUUGACCUUGGCACCACUUACUGCUCUGUUGGCGUGUUCCUUGCUGGCACAGGGCAAGUGAAAGUUAUAUCAGAUGAAAGUGGGCAUAACAGCAUACCAAGCAUAGUGUCAUUCACAGACACGGAUGUGUACGUGGGAUAUGAUGGCCUAGAACUAGCAGAUUCUAAUCCACAGAACACGGUAUAUGAUACCAAAAGAUUCAUAGGGAAAAUCUUCACUCCAGAAGAGCUGAAAAAUGAAAGUAGCAGAUAUCCAUUUAAGAUUUUCAGCAACAAUGGAGCAGUUGAAUUUUCAGUGACAACCAAUGAAACAUAUAACGUCUCACCUGAGUAUAUUGGCGCUCAACUGCUAUUGAAAUUAAAGAGGAUGGCAGAGGAGUACCUUGGCAUGCCAGUUUCCAAGGCUGUCAUUUCAGUGCCAGCAGAGUUUGAUGAAAGGCAACGGAACUACACUAUUAAGGCAGCUAACCUUGCAGGGUUGGAGAUAUUGCGGGUAAUUAACGAACCCACUGCUGCAGCUAUGGCUUAUGGUCUCCAUAAAGCGGAUGUGUUUAAUGUUCUGGUAGUGGAUUUGGGUGGAGGAACUUUGGACGUCUCAUUAUUGAAUAAACAAGGAGGAAUGUUUCUGACACGAGCGAUGGCAGGUAACAACAAACUUGGAGGACAGGACUUUAAUCAGCGAUUGCUGCAAUACUUGUAUGACCAAAUCCAUCGAAUGUAUGGCUCUGUGCCCUCCAGAAAGGAAGAAAUACAUCGACUUAGGCAGGCUGUGGAAGCAGUCAAGUUAAAUUUGACUCUACACAAUUCUUCUCCUGUCAGAGUUUCUCUUACCAUGCCAGAAAGGAAGGACCUAAAAGAACUUUCAGAAAGAGAACAGAUAAAAAUAAAUAACGGAAUUGCAGCCGAACCUUCACAAAUGGACGAUGGUAUGAUAAACCUUUUAAGGGAUGACUUUUCACAAACACAGAGCAACACUGUAAAAGUUGUCUUUGAAACAGAAAUCUCAAGAAAACUAUUUGAGAUGUUGAACGAGGACCUGUUUCAGAAGAUCCUUGUGCCCAUUGAGCAGGUGCUGAAGGAAGGACAUCUACCCAAGACAGAAGUGGAUGAGAUUGUAUUAGUAGGGGGCUCCACCCGUAUUCCCCGGAUACGCAGAGUUAUUCGAGAGUUCUUUGGAAAGGAACCCAACACCUCUGUAGAUCCUGAUCUGGCAGUGGUAAUGGGUGUAGCUAUCCAAGCUGGGAUUGUUGGAGGGUCCUGGCCCCUCCAAGUCAGUGCUGUAGAAAUUCCUAAUAAGCAUUUACGAAAAACUAACUUCAACUGAACUUCAUUGUUCUUGUCACAUUCCAUUAUUCACUGUUUCAAAAAACUACUCAUGACCGUGCAUAGACUUACCCAACAAACAAUGAAGCCUAGUCUUGGCCAUGUAAUAUCUACCUUUUUAAUUCUGUUCCAUUUAAGUGUUGCUAGACCAUUGUGUGCUGGCUCUAUCAUGUUUUAAAGGUAUUAGCAAUUCAAAAAUAAUGGACACACACAACCCACCUCUGCCCCAUUGGUUUGUCAACUGGCUGUGGGAUGAAAACCUGAGUUGAUAGUUGUGAAAACAUGCUAUUGCCAAUAAAAUGCACACAUUUUCUUGCUAAAUUUUAUUAGCAGACCCUGAAGACUUGAAAGUGGAAUGUAACCAUGAGCUUGAACCUAUGGUGGAGAUAGUAUGUACUGUGAGAGGAGGUGUAGCAGUAUUAAUGCAGACAGCUCAGGUAAUGUUCAGCUUAAUUUAUUAAACUGAGUCAGUUGAGCACUUCAAAGCACCUUUCAGAAUGCAGUUUUCCUGUUUGAAUACUAUCUAUUUGUCCACUUCACGUAAGAUUCUUGUGCUGCUGUUAUAAACAGCAGUGUUA